AUGGAGGAAAUUGCCAAUAUUGUUCGACAGAUCGGCCGACAGCAGGGAGAAAAUGUGUACUUUCGAGCCUGCUACGCCCUUUUCAAACACCUCCAGGACAAGGCCGAGCAAGCAUCUGAGGACUUAGUUCGCCUGCACCAAUCCGGCGCUUAUGGUUUCUCCGAUGACGAAUUCUACCCCGUCUACCAGGUCGCACAAGAGCUUCAAGCCUCAGUGCACGACCUGGCUGACCAAGCACGCAAGGCGCAAUCGGCCUGUGAAGAGUUUUGCGAGUUGGACCCGAGCUAUUCGGCCCGCGAAGCUUUCAUGUUUACCGAUACGGUACAAGCAGCCAGGAAGACUGAAGCUGAUGGGUUCCAAGAUAUCUGUGAUAGCCCCCGAUCGAUGCAGUUCAUAAUGGUACCGGUGGAUGAUCACUGA